CGGACUGUCGCGGGCCGCGGAGGCCACGGCGGCCGCAGCGAAGUUGUCCCGGCGGCGUCCCGGGGGCGCAUCCUCUCGCAACUGUCAGGCGCUGGCGGCGGAAAUGAUGAGGCUCUGGCCAUCUUCCGAGCCGGGGUUUCCUGCCUGAGCCCCGCUCGAGCGAGGAGCCGACGCGCCCGGGGCGGGGGCCCGCCCGCCCCCUCGAGGUCUCGGGGGGCCGGGGCGCGCGACGCCAUGGGCCGGCCGGGCCCGUGCCCCGUCUCUCUCAGCCUGGCCGCCCCACGUCGGUCUCCACCAUGAACGGGCCUGGCCUGCAGCCGUCCUCCGAGUCCUCGGCCUCCCCCGCGCCCACGGCCUCCCCGGCGGCGGCCCCGGGCCCCCGGGGCUGGAGCGACUUCUGCGAGCUGCACGCGGUGGCCGCGGCCCGGGAGCUGGCCCGCCAGUACUGGCGCUUCGCCCGCGAGCACCCGCAGCACGCGCCGCUGCGCGCCGAGCUCGUGUCGCUGCAGUUCACCGACCUCUUCCAGCGCUACUUCUGCCGCGAGGUGCGCGACGGGGCCCGCGCCCCCGCGCCGGCGCGCGACUACCGCGACACGGGCCGCGGGGCCGCCGGCGGCCUGGCCCUGCCCAAGGCCCGCAGUUCCGAGGAGCUGGCCCCGCCGCGGCCGCCCGGCCCCUGCUCCCUGCAGCAGCUACGCCGCAGCCUCCGCCACAUCUUCCGCCGCCGCUCGGCCGGGGAGCUGCCCGUGGGCGCCGCCGCCGGGGAGGCCGGCGAGGGCGCGGCGCGGCCCGGCCUGGCCCGCAGGCUGCUGCCCUGGACCCUGGCGCGGGAGCCUCCGCCCGAGGCCCUCAAGGAGGCGGCGUUGCGGUACAGCUUGGCCGACGAGGCGUCCAUGGACAGCGGCGCCUGCUGGCAGCGCGGGAGGCUGGCGCUGCGCCGCGCCGCGGGCCCCGACGGCCCGGACCGCGUGCUGGAGCUCUUCGACCCGCCCAAGAGCUCAAAGCCCAAACUGCAAGCAGCCUGCUCCAGCAUCCAGGAGGUCCGGCGGUGCACGCGCCUGGAGAUGCCCGACAACCUCCACACCUUCGUGCUCAAGGUGAAGGAACGGACAGACAUCAUCUUCGAGGUGGGGGACGAGCAGCAGCUGAAUUCGUGGUUGACUGAGCUCCGGGAGUGUACAGGCCGAGGCAGGCUGGGCCACAGCGAUUCAGAGCCACAUGUCCCCUCCACCCUGGAGCCCAGCACGCCCAGCUCCCCCAGGGGAAGCACAGAUGCCCUUAACCAAGCUGCUGCUCCUGGGGGGCUGCUGGACCCAGCUUGCCAGAAGACGGAUCAUUUCCUGUCCUGCUACCCCUGGUUCCACGGCCCCAUAUCCAGAGUGAAGGCAGCCCAGCUGGUGCAGCUGCAGGGCCCGGAUGCUCACGGAGUGUUCCUGGUGCGGCAGAGUGAGUCCCGGCGUGGGGAGUAUGUGCUCACAUUCAACUUCCAGGGCAAAGCCAAGCACCUCCGCCUGUCGCUGACUGAGCGGGGCCAGUGCCGUGUGCAGCACCUGCACUUCCCCUCGGUCGUGGACAUGCUGCACCACUUCCAGCGCUCGCCCAUCCCACUCGAGUGCGGCGCCGCCUGCGACGUUCGGCUCUCCAGCUACGUGGUAGUUGCCCCCCAGCCACCAGGCUCCUGCAGCACCAUCCUGUUCCCGUUCUCCCUCCCUCGCUGGGAUUCAGAGCUGGGCCUUCCCCACCUGGGCCCUUCCGGCUGUCCCCAGGGGCUCAGCCGAGAGGGUCACCCAGGCCGAUCCUCGCCACCUGAGCAGAUCUUCCACUUGGUGCCUUCGCCUGAGGAACUAGCCAACAGCCUGCGGCACCUGGAGCCAGAGCCCGGGAGUCGAGCCAGGGACUCAGACUAUGAAAUGGAUGCAUCCUCGCGGAGCCACCUGCGGGCCAUAGACAACCAGUACACAGCGCUAUGACGACGCGGAGAUGCGAAACGUGCCCAUCUUUCCUUCCUUCCAGUGAGAGACUGAAGGGACACUGGUCACUGCUGUCCAGGGUGGAGGUGACCCUCUUAGCAGGCCUGUUAAAGGGCCUCCGUGAGUCUCCCGGCACCUGGCUUUCUCGUUUACAGAUGCACUUCUUAUCCGGAGCUCCUGCCCCCAUCACUCCUGGAGGGAGUGGUCGGGUAAGGGCCUGAGUGGGCAGUGGGAACCUGCUCUUUUCCACUGACACCGUCAGAGUUGAUGACAGACUUUCUGCUGUUGGGGGAGGGGUGAUCAGGAAUUCCAAAACACUACCAAGCCCCGGAUUCUCACGUGGCUUCCCCACUAUAGCCCCAACCUGUGGGGCUACACCUCGCAAGACAAAAGCUGUAUCAGAGGGACAAGCUCAAGGUCAAAAAUGAUUUAAAUAUUUUACCUCAGGUUAGUUUUUUAAAGAUUUCAGGUUUCAAAACUAAAUCAUUGCUUUUCUUUGCACUGUUCCAACUUGCACCCCUGCGGUUGCGUCGCCCGAGACAGCCACGCAGACCCUGCUGAUGCCCCCAGCGGCUGGGCUGUCACCCCUCAGGGCAGGCACCUGCUGCCAGCAGCCACUGUCCCACCCCAACACGGAGCAGUGAAGGUGCCACCCUUUCAGGGAACGUCAGGCAAUGAACCGCAAUAGGGUGGCAAGGAAGAGUCCCUACCCUGGUGCCUUAUGAAUAAAAAAGUGGAUUCUGGUUCACAGCCGCUUGACAGUGAGUAAAUUAGUGGUGGUGGGUGUGUGUGUAGACAAGCAUAAAGGGAAGGCAGACUCCUGGGCCCCUUUACCCACAGGGCUGGCUCAGCCCCCAUCCCAUGGCCUACUCAAUGACGACACCCUAGUCAACUACCCCACGAGUGGGUUUCACUCCUCUGGACCCAAAAUGGAAGCCAGGAACCACUUCACGAGGCCCUCCAGGGUGCCAUGGCUGCUCAUGGCCUCAUCUGGGAGGGUUCCCAGAGCUAGCAGAUCUGCACCUAGACUUGCCUUUCCAAAGUGCUGAGAUGGGGGCCGGGGGGGGGGGGGGGUGCCUGGCUCUUCCCACCUUCCUGUGGCAGCCUGGGGAACAAGGGGGCAACAGCUCAGCCCCAGGCUCUGGCGCCACCCUGUAGUAUGGUAUGUACAGGUGCAUCAGGCCCACAGCUGACACUACCAACUGUUUUCUCAAGGGGCAGGUUUGGUGUGCUCCUACUCUUCUCUAGCCCAAGGAUCAGCCUUCUGCUUCUAAAAAUUUUCUAGGAGCUGGGGAAGCAGCCAUUAUUCCCAAGUGUUGUCAUGGAUCUAGACUUGCGGUUCACUUUCAAGAACCCUGUCUUCUACAAUAAAGCAGGUUUCACCAUGAAACCAAGUUCACUGCAGACCGUCAGUGCCCGGCUGCACAGGUAAGGGCCAGCGAGAUGUCCAACCACGGCUCUCAUCUCUUAGACUCGGGCAGUGCCCAGACACACACCAGGUACAGCAAACGUAGCUUCUUUCUGGCUGCAAAGAUCCCUAAGGAAACUGGAGUCACCCGCCUCCACACUGCUGCUUUUCUGUCCAAGUUUUAACCCGGACAGCUCGGGGACAUUCUGAAAAAAGCCCCCUGCUGGCGCUGGGACAAAGCAACACUAAGCGGAUGCCUUUUCUUGUGCUAGAGUCAGAUCCAGCUAGAUGGGAUGGGGGCGGGAGGAGUGGGCUCAGUCCCUGGGCCAAAUGCAGCCUUCGCAGGCACGGCCCGCCCCACUGCUGCUGGCGGGUGCCGAGGCCACGCCAGCCUUGGAGAGUCUGGCUCCAAACACAGCGAGCCUCACGGCCCCUCCCGCCUGCUCUACCACAAGCGCCGCCGCACAGCCCCCAGCAGCCUCACUCCCGUUGUCUGACUACUGAGCUUCGGCAAACUAACAGUCACCAGCACCAAAGAAUUAAGUCAACUAACCUGCCUUGACCUUUAGACCAGCAGUCCAUAGGGCUUUAUCUGGUAUAGAUCUUCUGCCUUUCAUCAAUUCUGGACCAUGUAGGAGAAAGGAAUGGCAAUCAUUAACAUCUUGGGCCAGAGAACACUGUUUUUACCUAACAGUUUCUUAGCCUCACUCAAGGCCUCUGAGGGCCCCCUGAAAUCCCCUGCCAUUGCAUUUUUAUUCGGGGCUAAGCCUCUUCUGUGGGCAUCUCCCACAGUCUAAGGGAACUCAAGAGUGUCCUGCCCACUGCUUCUGAACACAUAUGACACCCAGUGUUGGGCUGGGAUAAGCACAUUGUGAUGACACAAGUGAGCUCACCUUGUUUCACUAUAGGCAGAAAGGUAUCUGGCAAAAUUUUUUGUAUUGUUUAUGUACUAUAUAUAAGUAACUUAUUCUGAAUAAUGCACAUUUUGCUAUAAUGUACACAUUGCUAUGUGAAUUAAAGAGUUUUUCAGACUUCUCAUCUGCUGCCAGUGUGCAGAGGCUCUGUCUCGCCCUGCCCCCACUCGCCAGUCCUCGGCCAGCCCGACGCCCUUCGCUCAGCCUUCUGGGUCGCCCUGGGCUGCUCUGCUGCUGCUGUCUUCCAGUCUCCUGCCACCACCCACUGGGUCUGAGGGCU